AUGAGUCAAAGUCCAUCAGUGUCGCCAAGAAGGACUCUCAAUAACAAAUCUUCGUACAUUAAUAACAGCAGCGGGCUGGUCCUGCCUCCUACGCAGUUUAAUCUGAACCAGCAGCCGAUCCUGAGCUACGAACAAAAUACGACAUUCGAUUCUAACCAGCAGUUUUUUUACUAUCCAGAGUCGCCCACAAAAAACUUGAGACCAAGGUUUAACAGCGUCUCACAGAUUAAUAAAGGGGUUAACGAAAACCAUUAUACCGGAGGUAGUAACAAUGGUAACAGGACAUCUAGAUAUCCAAAUAAUACCGGCGCUGCAAACGCCAAUGUCAAUCCUCAACCACAUCACCAAUCGGUGUCUCAUUUAAAUUCAAAAUCUCUUAAAUUCAAUCGAACAAAGGAAGUGAACAGCAUAAAUGAUAUCCUUUUUCCCUCCAGAACAUGUACCAUCAAAAGGUAUUUUACCAAGCCAAUUGAUUUAGAUGGCACAAGAAGUGGCACUAACAUGGCGCCUGCGUUGACGAAUUCCCCCAUGAGAUCAAAAGCAAACUUUAACAUUAAAAAAUGCAUCUUGCCUAGAUCUGUCAUUAUCACAUAUAAAUUGUCAUUACCAGUGCAUGAAACGAUAGACGAUAUAUCGAAAAAAAUCAUAAUCUUACUAAUUUCGUUGAAGUUUGAGAAAAACUAUCACUUCUUGCAACCUAUUCAAUUGUCCACUAAUAGUAAGACACGGAUCUCAAAGUCACUGGACGAACUAUGCCGUGUACAGCUGACAUUAACAUCCCAGCAACAAAAACAGCUGCAAAGUAACAGUAAGCCCGCGAAGAAUCUUCCUAAUACCAAUGCUAAGCAGAGAGCUGGUACUAGUGUUUCGGCAAACGCCAACGAGAGUUUUGACUUGAGUUUUGAUGGAAAAGCAAUGGAUAGGUCUGACAUAUUUCGGAUGGUAGAUUCCUUUAGCAUCGCCAUUUCAGAUGAGGAUGAGGAGGAUGAUGAGGAGGAGGAUAGCUUCCAGCAGAGGAGCCAAAAUAACAGAAUCCUCCCUGCGGAGAUAUUAAGUAACGAACCUUUGAAAUGA